CCACUGCGGCCUCCGCUGCCACUCACUGCCCGUCCAUUGCCAACCCUCCUCGCUUGUUGUCGGCUCUUCCUGUUCCUCUGCAUCGCCAAAUCCGGGGUAACCAGCCAUGGCCACUCGUCGAUCCAACCGGGCGACUUCACCGUCGUCUUCUGACGCCGUGCUGCCUCCGCGCCCGAGGCCACCAUCUCACGACGCGUCCCCGUCCCCGUCCCCGUCCUCGUCCUCUUCGACAUCCCCAUCCUCGAACAUCUUCCUCCUCCUCAUCGCCUUCCGCCUCGUCAACGCCCUGACCGUCCGUACAUUCUUCCAGCCCGAUGAGUUCUUCCAGUCGCUGGAGCCCGCGUGGAAAGUUGCGUUUGGCGGGGAUCAGGGCCCCUGGAUAACUUGGGAAUGGGAACACCAGCUGAGGUCUUCACUACAUCCGCUUAUUUUCGCUGCAGUGUAUUCCGCCGUCGACGUCGUUGCGCGAACUCUCAGCCUCUCCCCCGCAUCCCGCGCCGACCUCCUCAUCACCGCCCCAGGUAUAACGCAGGCCGUUAUCGCUGCCGUCGGGGAUUUCUACACUUGGAAGCUAGCUCGGUAUAUUUAUGGGAAGGGGAGUCAUGAGUCUUGGGCGACGCUUGCGUUGACGGUCGUCAGUCCGUGGCAGUGGUUUUGCUCUACCAGGACUCUGUCCAACUGCCUUGAGUCUACUAUCACAAUUGUCGCCCUGUACCAGUGGCCGUGGCAAUGGGCCAAAGGUUCCGGAUCCGCGACCAACAAGGACACUCAAGCCGUUAGCAUCUCCAGGUUACGGCUAUGCCUUCUACUAGCCGCGUUUGCUUGUAUCCUGCGGCCGACGAAUGUUAUUAUCUGGAUAAGCUUGGCUGUUGGUGCCUUGCUCCGAAGCACCUGGACGCAGAGGCUGGUCCUUGCGCGAGAGGCUUUUGUCUGCGGGUCGUCGGUUCUCGCCCUGUCUUCCGUCGCUGACCGGUUCUUCUAUGGUUUCUGGACGUUUCCACCACUAAGAUUCCUAUACUUCAAUGUCGCCCAGUCUCUGGCGGUAUUCUACGGGAAGAAUGACUGGAGUUACUACGCCUCGCAGGGAUACCCUCUUCUCCUCACAACCGCGCUGCCAUUCACGGUCGUCGGCUUAUAUCGGACCCUGAAGAAAACGCCAUCAAUCGCAGAGGACAAAGCUUCGGUUCUGUUCCAGCUUGCGUCUGUCUCCUUGGAAAUGCCUGCUAUUCUCUCUAUCAUCACUCACAAAGAAGUUCGAUUUAUAUACCCCCUGCUGCCGGCGCUCCACAUUCUUAGCGCCUCGCCGUUGGUGGAUUUCUUUCUCCCCGCGUUGCAAACCACGGACCGCGAGUAUACUCCACGACGUCUCACACUCGUUUUUCUGCUCUUGGUGAACGUCGUCAUUGCGGCGUAUACCACACUCUUCCACGCCACUGGGGUUAUAUCAGUUCUAUCGUACCUCAGAGAACAACACCAGGCACACGGAAUUGCAAAUGCAGCCUCCGAGCCCGGUCCUGGAAGCGCAUUAAGCUAUGGUGGAAUUACUGCAGGCUUUCUAAUGCCUUGCCAUAGCACCCCCUGGCGCUCACACCUAGUAGAGCCGACAAUCCAUGCUUGGGCCCUGUCCUGUGAACCCCCCGUUAACCUAACAGAGGAUGAAAAGGCGAGUUACCUCGACGAAGCGGACCAGUUUUAUGAAAACCCCUACCAAUUCCUCCGCGACAAUAUGGUCGGCGGUUUCCGACAAAUCCCGCGACGACCGUCUUACUUGACACCUCCGAACUCCCAACGACCACCCACCCAGCUCUUCCCACCACACGAAUGGCCAGACUACCUCAUCUUCUUUGCUCAACUCGAACCAACACUCAAAAGCUCCCUCCGAACCUCUUCCUACGGCGAGUGCUGGCGCACACACAAUACCGCCUGGCACGACGACUGGCGCCGUCGCGGGGAUGUCGUAGUCUGGUGUCUCGACCCCACCGAGCAACAAGCCUGGCGGGCCGAGAAGCAAAAGCGCGCCUUCGAAGUCCGCGAGCUCCAAUUCGAUCGCCUCAUCCAGAGUUUCCGCACAGACGUCGCCCCAUCAUCAAAGACAUGGGCGCCGUGGAAACAAUGGUCUUGGCCCUUCUCAAGCAAGACAUCCUCCUGGACGUGGCCUUGGGAUCGGCGGAAACGGCCGACUAUUUUUGGCUACGAGGUACCCGCACGACCGAAUUGGAACCCGUUCCGCCGAGAGAAGAAGAAGAAGCGGGACCUGCUGAAGGAGUUUUGGUUAUAGAUCAUUUGGGAUUGUAUGCUCUCUGCUAUAGUUUGAUUCGGCGAGUUGUUCUGUAUAUACCUACUGCAUAUUGUGCUGCAUAUUCGAGAUAAUUGCCAAAUUGUACAAUGAAUUGACUGAAUACCCGUCGCUUUUUUCUGUAGUCGGGAUUACGGCACCUUG